AUGUUUGAUUCUUCUGAACAGAAUGGUGUAGGAAUUUACAGACUUCCUAAAUUGCACCACAUUCAUUGCAAUGGACUAACUCUGUCAGAACAUGAUGUUCACGUAAUAGUUUAUGAAACACCUUCUUAUGGUGCUCAUCAUUUCUCGUUGUGUCAUUUUGGUUCAAAUGAGCAAGCGAAAGCUCCCAUUAAGAAUCCUAAAUGGGUUGAUGGGCUUCAUAAAAAGCAGAAAUUCACUGAUUUGGAUACAGUUAUUCUGGCAAUUAAUUGCACAUCUGCUGCUAAAAGAAUAUUUGACAGACAUGUGGUCCCAAGAAGAUCCUUGGGCCAACCAUCCCUAUUUCCAAUGUUUUUUGUUAUCUUAGGGCAUCUGUUUUGCAAGUUUUUGGCUUUGUUCUCCACCAUGUUCUAUAUUGUUCUUCAGUUUUUCCAAUCACAUUUUAAUCAUGAAUCAGAAUCAUGGUUGUAUGUGACAUCAGAAAAUAUAUUCAAGAAGACGGCAUGGAUAACUAUCCGAAUCCGUUGUUGUCAGAUAUUGUAUUGGCCAAUUCUUCUUCAGGAGAAUGACCUUAGGUCUCAAACAUGUGUUGAAUAUGCAGAGAAAGCUGCAAUGCAUAGACAUUCUAUGUGGUCAUCUUUGGCUGUUGAUAUUCUCCUGGGAAACUUGGUUGGCUGGUCACUGUUAUAUCAUGAAGAAUCAAUUUGCUCGUCGGGUUUGAACUUUAUUCAUUGGUUUGCCACUUUUUUGCGCUCCGGGUGUGUUUGGUUAAUGGGAAACCCUGCGGGCUUCAAAUUGAAUGCCGAACUGGCAAGUGUACUUGGUUUACUUUCUUUGAAUGCAAUUCAAGUAUGGUCAACACUCUGGAUCUUUGUGGGUUUCAUCUUCAAAUAUUUUAUUCGAGGCCUUUCUAUAUUAGGAAUUCUUUGUGGAUUUACUAUACCCGCUUCUUUGAUCAUAGAUAUGAUUGUGUUGGGAACCUUGCAUGUUUCAACUCUUCAUUGGUUUAUUUCACUAGUAUAUUCAUCACAGAUACAGGCACUAGCAGCUUUGUGGCGGCUUUUUAGGGGUCGAAAGUGGAAUCCUCUUCGCCAGAGGUUGGAUAGCUUUGACUACACUGUGAAGCAGCAUAUUGUUGGAUCGCUUCUAUUCACACCACUUUUACUUCUGUUACCAACUACUUCGGUUUUCUACAUAUUCUUUAGUAUUGUUGACACGACCAUUAACCUCGUCUGCAUACUUAUUGAAGUUGCUAUUUCGAGUAAUCAUACCGCAUCUACAAAUCAGGAUUUUACUGAUAAAAUAAACUCAUCUAAGGAAUCAUUGCAUCCAAAGGAUUUCAAUAGAGAAAAAUGUAGUACAUUGGUUUCAAUUCUCCACAGCAACUAUUUGAGCAUAGGAGAAGUUAUCUUGCCUCACUUCAGAAAUGCAUUUUUGGGAGUUUCUGGGUCAUCCAUCUCCACAGUAGCUUAUGGAAUUCUCAUUGGGCAAAGAUUGCCAUAUAUACAUGGAACUCUUCUUCCUUCACCAAUGCCAUGGAUGUCCCUGCCCUACAAAGAGUAUUGGCGCCUCUGUCAUGAUUCAGUUAUUGCCUGCUUCAGAUCACAGUGA